AUGUCGGAGCCAGAGGUCGAUGGAUCUUCGCAGCAGCUCAGCUGGAAGGAGACGAUCCAGCUGGGGGCUAGCCAGCUGGCCUUUCAACCCCCAGAUGCCGACACUCAUACCUUGCUUUUUCCUGUGAAGACAUAUAGCAUUGAAAAUGCAAAGGCCUACAAAGCAUCGCAAGGAAACAGCUUGAUCUUCCUACAAAGUAGCUUUUUGCAGCAAAAAUGGCCUCUGAUUUUCUACUGUGGUGCUUGCAUGCAGAUGGUGCAAUAUCGAGGGUGGACGUGGCAACUGGACUUGCUCGUGGUCAAGGGCUCCUACGUUAGCUUACUGGGAUUGGCAUGGUUUGGACCACUGGGGCUAGCCGUCACCGGGGUGAACCACACUAGCUUACAAGUGGAUGUGGACGCCAUAUGCAAGGAGUUUCCGGCGGUUUUCGAUGGGAAAUUGGGACAGUAUACGGGCCCCCCUAUUGCCCUACAGCUGGACCCCGCAGUACGACCUAUCAGGCUCAAGGCCCGCCGGGUCCCGUUCGCCCUGAAACCCCGUAUAGACGAGGAAUUGGACCGGCUCGUGGAGCAAGGAGUGCUGGAGCCUGUGCCUAAUGCCACCUGGGAAACCCCGAUCGUCACAACUGUCAAGCCUAAUGGUUCGGUCCGCAUCUGCGCAGACUACAAAUGUACCAUAAACAAGGCCCUCAUGGCCCACGCAUACCCAGUGCCAGUGGUCAGCCAUGUCCUCGCCACCCUGGCUGGGUCAAAAAUUUUUGGCAAGCUGGACUUGGCCCAAGCCUAUCAACAGCUGCCAGUAGAUGAAGCCACAGCAGAGGCACAGACAAUUGUGAUGCACAGGGGAGCGUUCAAGGUAAAGCGGCUGCAAUUCGGUGUCAGCGUGGCACCAGGCAUAUUCCAGAAUCUAAUGGACUCGCUGCUUAAAGGGAUUCCGGGCGUCACCCCCUUCUUCGAUGAUGUGUUGAUUGCCGGGCCCACGGCAGAGGAGUUUGAGGACCGCCUUCGCACCGUUCUGCACCGUUUCCAGACGGCGGGUCUCAAGGUGAAGCGGGAAAAGUGUCUACUAGGAGUGCCUCAGGUGGACUUUCUGGGAUUUAUGGUGGAUGCAGAAGGGGUCGUCUUGGCACACUUCGAUGAGAGGCUGCCGGUGGUGCUAGCAUGCGACGCCUCACCCUACGGCAUCGGCGCUGUCCUUGGACACCAACUCCCAGAUGGAAGAGAGGUGCCAGUGGCAUACUUUUCCCAGACACUCACCGCAGCCGAGCGGAACUACUCGCAAAUCGACAAGGAAGGCCUGGCAAUCGUGAAGGGAGUAAAAAAAUUCCAUGAUUUCCUGUACGGGCGGCCCUUUACCGUGGUGACUGAUCACAAGCCGUUGCUUGGUUUGUUUGCCCCCGAAAAGCAGACCCCCCAAGUGCUGUCUCCUCGCGUUCUCAGGUGGUCAAUUUUCCUUGCCGGCUACCAGUAUGCACUGAUUCACUGCCCUGGAAAGGCGAUGGGCCACGCAGACGCCCUCAGCAGGCUACCACUACCAGAAACAGGCCCCGACCCAGCACCCGCACAAGAGGUUAUGAGCCUGGAGCUGCUUCCCGACCGCCCUAUUCAGGCACAAGAAGUUGCACACCAUUCCAAGAAAGAUAGGGUCAUCUCCCGGGUCCUGGACUGGGUGUGGAGGGGAUGGCCCAGCAGCAGCCCCGGGCCAGAAUUUGCUGGCUACAGAACCCGUAAACACGAACUGUCGGCCCACAAGGGGUGCCUGUUAUGGGGAAGCAGGGUCGUCGUUCCUGAGCCCCUUCGCAAAAGGGUCCUUAUAGCCCUACACGAGACACACCCAGGGGUAGUGAGAAUGAAGGCCCUCGCCAGGAGUUAUGUAUGGUGGCCAGGAAUUGACGGAGAGAUAGAGACCUGGGUCAAACACUGCCAGGCCUGCCAAGAAUCCCGCCCAGAUCCCCCAAGGUCCCCGGUGCAGUCCUGGGAGUCUGCCCGAGCACCAUGGUCACACCUGCACAUGGACUUCGCGUGCCCCUUCCAGGGGAAAACAUUCGUCAUAGUGGUGGACUCCUACACCAAAUGGCUGGAAGUCGCACUGGUACCAUCCGCUUCUACGUCUGCAGCCAUCCGGGUACUACGCAGGCUGUUUGCAACCCAUGGACUCCCUGACACUCUCGUCUCAGACAAUGGAACCGCAUUUACGUCAGAAGAAUUCCAGACCUUCACAGCGCAGAAUGCCAUCCGCCACAUCUGCUCAGCACCAUUCCACCCUGCCACCAAUGGCCAAGCAGAGCGCAUGGUGCGGACCACCAAGGACACCCUACGCCGCAUGCGGCGCCUCGCAAUCAGACUGGACCGCCUCCAC